AUAAAAACUCCUCCGUGCUACCUUCCAGCGUCAGCUCCGAAGAGUCCUCCGAAAAACCCUAAACCCAGGUGGACUGUUACUGCUGAGGGAUUUUAUUUGCACUAAGGAUGUCAAGUAUAAUACUGUUUGAGGAUAUUUUUGUUGUCGAUAAGAUAGACCCAAUAGGAAAAAAGUUUGACAAGGUUUCUCGCAUUGAAGCACUGAGUCAGAACUGUGACAUGUACAUGCUGCUGGAUGUGAACGUAGAGAUAUAUCCUAUGCGUGUAGGUGAUAAAUUUGCUUUGGCAUUGGCUCACACAUUAAAUCUGGAUGGAACACCAGAUACUGGCUAUUAUACUUAGGGUGGGAGGAAAUCUCUUGCUGACAAGUUUGAAUACAUUAUGCAUGGGAAUCUCUACAAGAUAUCAGAUGAAGGCUCCGGGAAAACACUGAAAGCGGAGAUAUAUGUUUCGUUUAGUGGGCUUUUGAUGAUGCUGAAAGGAAAUCCUUCAAUUGUCUCAGACUUUCAGCUUGAUCAGAAAGUAUUUCUCUGCAUGAGGAAGCUGUGA